GUAAACUAGUCACGUUUCAUGAUGGAUAUUAGAUGUUUUCAUUUGUUUUGUGCCACAACACUGCUCACGUGGUUAUGUGUGCAAGGUCAAGGAAAUUCUAACUGCGACACCGUUUGUGACGAUGAAACGCACGCGCCAGCCGUCUGCACUUCAGACGGCCAACUAUACACCAGCAAAUGUCAGUACAUGAAUGCUGAGUGCAUGGCGGCCCAAAAUGGAGAUAGUUUAACGAUGAUCAGUAUCGGUACAUGCGUAACAAUGGAGACAUCAUGUGACGUCAUGAGGUCAACUCAGUGCACACGGUUUUUGGGAACUGCAGAUGACUUCGGAAAAGUGUGUGGAACAGACGGAUUCACCUAUGCGACCACAUGCUUGUUCCGCGAGUCGCAGUGUCACAACAGUUCACUCCAAUUUGCCCAUGAAGGCGACUGUACCGCUGUGGACAACGCCAACAAAACAGCGGUGAACUGUACCCAAUACUAUGCAACAACUUCCGGUCUGGCGGUAGAGGGAGGCGGCUCUGUGGCUGUGCGUCCCCGACCCUGUCCUAAGAACCUUCACCUUGUCUGUGGGAUGGACGGACGAACGUACGGGAAUGAGUGCAUGUUCUGUACCGCACAACUUGCCUUCAAUCAUGGAAUUGAACCCACGAAUACGUAUCUCUCCAAUGAGGGACCAUGUAACGGUGGAUCAUCCAUUUUCGGAUAACGUCCAUAUUCGGAUACCGUCCAUAUUUGGAUGAUGUAGACAUAUAUUCCGAUGACGUUCAUAGCCGGAUAAUUUAUUUUCAUAUCAUGAUUAUGAUAUUAAAAAAUAAAUAAAUGA